AUUUUCUUAGUUUACAGACUGUGUUACUGUAUUAUGAAGCUGCUGAACAAUAUGGUUUAAAAAAGGUAGCUGAAAAAUCCUUUGAGUGGCUCUUAAGGAAUCUCAUGAUAAAAAUUCAAGAAUCUGCUCCACAGUUGCGACAAAUCAAUACUGAGCUCAUGACGAAGUUAAUUUCUUCCCCAGAACUAAUUGUCAUGCAAACUGAAUUCUCUAUUUAUAUUCUUUUGAAGACUUGGAUCUUUGUUCAUGAAAAUCCUUCUUGGGAUGGAAAUAUGAAAGCAUUUCUUCUUGAAGCUCAUAAAUGUGUCCAUGAAACAUCGAAUACUUCAUCAAAAUUACUAUUUACAAAAGAAAGGGGAAAAAGUUUCUUAGAGACAGAAAGUGGUGAACCUUAUUUACCUGCAUUUCGUGCCUUAAGAUCUCAGCAUUUGGUGAAUCAUCAUCUUGAUGUAGAAUUGCUGGACAGUGAUCAAAUUGUGCCUAAAAGUUGGUUUCUUCCUGUUUUUAAAACUCAGUGGUAUACCAUGUUGCGUGUGGAUCAAGGUGUUGACAGGGGACCCAAACAAAUAGCUCAGGAAGAAUUUGAUUCACAGUGUCUGAGGUGUGCCAGAAAAUUAAUUUCGGAUGGACAGCAUAUCUGGAGAUGGACAGGAUUUAAUUUCGGACUAGAUUUGGUGGUAACAUAUCACAUGAGGUGUGUACGAUUUCGUCGUAACCAGAGGAACGAUUCCGAACGGUAUAUUCCUUCUAUCCAGCCAUGCAGGCGUCAUCUGAUGUACCGUUUAACGAUUUAUUCUCUGGAUAAACAAGGCCAUGCCACUUACACGGCUACAACCAAUUUGAAAACUUUGACUCUUGCCAAAAAUGAAGAAGUGAAAGUAUUGAAUCUCGACAAAGACUGUCCAUUUCCCAUAGUGGUCAGUGCAAAUUUUCUGGUUACGACUCCUCUUCACUCUCCGAACUCUAGCAGGCAGCAUUCGCCUGUGAGAAAUGCAAAAGACAGUUAAUAACAUUAUCGUUGGAACUUGUAAUUAUUCAUUUUUGUACAUGAACAAUGUAAAAAACAUAAUCAAAAUAUUCAUAAGGUGCUUACUAAAAUAUAUCAGAUUUUAUUAAUAUAUUUAUUUGCCACUAUAUAUACUUACAUUAUUCAGUUCAGAUUUAAAUAUCUGAAGAUAUAUUAUUUUUAGAUUGUUAUGUUUUCAUUGUUUAUAGAAAGAUUUCACGUCGUUAUCAUUUCACAGGUGCAAAUUGAUUGUCUACCCUUUUCAUAUUCAGUUUUGAGAUAAUUUUUGUCACAGCACAUUUUUUUUUACUCGCGCACUUUUCCGCAUGUUAAUCAGUCUGAACAUCAGUUAUUUGCAUCACUUCAUGGUAAUUAAGUGUCUUUUUUUUUCUUAAUAUCACAUUGUUUUCUUCAGAAAGUGUAUGUAAAAUAUAAACUGGUGCGGUUCAUUCGGUCAAAAUGAGAGAUUUUUACGGAAAAUCUUAGAGAAAAAUUAUUGUAAUGUAAUUAUUUGAAAUGUUUUUAUUGACAUUUUGUUAAAAAAAAUCAUUUCUGUGAUAGAUAAUUGUUAAUCAUCUUCAGACUAUUAUAUUCAGAAUCUAUUUUGCUUCAUUUGUUUCUCUUUGAAGCCAAGCAAGGCUUCGAAAUUUAUGAAAGUGCCAUUAUUGUUUGCAACUCGGGCAUAAGUGUUUAGGGCGUUAAAGUUAUAAUCUAGUGCCUUUUUUAUAAAUUUUGUUUAUUUCUAACAGUAGUCAACAAUAUAUUUUGUGUUAAUGUCUGUUAAAAAUAUUGCAUUAGC